CGGGCCGCCUCGUGCAGAGGAGAGGGCUGAAGGAGCGGGGUUCCCGGGAGGGCGAUGGAGAUGCACCACUGCGGGUGGAAGGUUGAGACAGCUUUUCUGCCUGUGGCACCGGUGGGCUUACAGAGCUCCAGAGGCUCUGGGGAUCCCAGCAGAGUGGGGGUGGGUGGUCCAGAGCCCACGUUGCCCUGGCACAAGAGGGCAGGGUGGCCAGGCAGGAUGGAGAACUGACAUGAAGCAGGACACAUGAGUAGCGAUGACUGGCAGCGUUCGAGUCUUUCACCAUCUUGGUCCUUCGGUGCUGAGAUCCUUUCAGCCUGUAUGAGGGAUCUGGAGCUCUUGGCAGCGCAGAGAGGGACUCGCAGUCCUGCCUGUGGUCUGAUCUCCAGAGGCAACUGAAACCGUCCUUUGGAGACACCCAGCCGGGGUCUUGCUCCCUUGUACUGUCCUGGGAAGUGGGAACAAGUCCAGUCACGGAUCAGGUUGCCCAGAGAGGUUAUGCAGUCUUUGUCCUUGGAGGUUUUCAAGACCCAACUGGCAUAAAGUCCUUAACCCCAGUGCUGACCCCGUUUUGGGCAGGAAGGUGUACUGGAAACCUCUUGAGGUCCCUUUCCACCUUGAAUUAUUCUGUGAUUGUGGUGACCCCUGUGGGAACUGGCUGUAGAGGAAGGGUAGCCCAACUCCCCACAGCCAGGCAUGGGAGGAGAGGCAGAUGCAGGACAAACUCAGUUGGGGCACCAUGACCGUGCAGUGGCUCCUCUGUGGCUGUUACCUCUGCCAGUCAUACCCGCAUAAUCACAGCUCAUUCAAGGACCACAGACCUGAGCCCUGUUGCCUGGUUCUGCCAGGAGCACGUGCGGGUGAUGGGCCCCCACGUGGUGGAGCUCCUGAUCUCAUCUGGCAGGUCCCUGUGCUUCAUAACCCCCCCUUCUCAGAAAAUCUCCCCCGGUUUGUGUGGCUCAGCUCCUGGACGCUCAGAAAUGCUCUGACCCUGCUAGGCAAGGAGUCUGCUGGGCCCCAGGGUAGCUGUGACAGCUCCUCAUGCAGCGCAGUCACACUGCAGCCCCUGGGGGAGCUCAGCCAUCUCAUGCUGUCACAUUUGCCUUUGCUUUGGUUGGUUUCCUGCAGCUUCUGUCUCCCAUGUCCUGGCAUUGUGCAGGCUGGGGACACCUAGGGCUUUGUGUCCUACUUCUUGGGGAGAAGGGCCCCUGGUUACCCUGCCUCAGGGCUUGUUCGGCCACACUGUGGUUUGGCCCAUUUCCAGGGCUGGCUGUUGUGCAACUCUGUGUGUUGGGGGCAGCAGCCCUGCUCUGGCUUAGCCGUAUCUUAUAUUCAUCUGCUCUGAUGCCUAGACCUGUGCCCUGGAUGUGGUCCCCACCUAUGGGACUCGUUCUGCCUUCUCUGUGGCUCCAUUAGAAGAGCUGUCUGAUGUGUCCAAGUGACUCUGGCUGUGCGAGCUGCUGCUGCUGAUCCUGUUCAUGGAUAGGUUUUGUUUAUUUGCAGGUCUCUGAGGCAGUCGAAUGUGUUGGGCUUUGUGGCAGUCCCAGGGGAGCCAUGGCCAUGCUGUGUCAUCAGCAACGAUUCCCUGCUGACAGGCUGAGCGCACCAACUGCAGCUGGAGAUGGUUCAGCUCUUGUCUGUGAGGAGGUUGCUGGCUCUGAGGCCCAGGUAGGAGCUCAGCCGUGGCGGCCACGCGGGGGUUGGCACCUCCCUGCUGCCCUCUGUAGCCCAACAGCAGCUGGCUGCCACCCUGAUGGGCCACCAUGGAGCGGCCCAAGUGGGUGCACGGACCCCUCCGCCUCCUGGGCUUCUUUGGGCGGAAGCCACAGGCUGCUGGAGGGGAGAUGUCACCAGAACAGGAGCCAGAGCCUAAGGAACCUGAGGAGAUGCAUAUCAUGCUGCCCCUGGGUGAGGGUGAGGAGCUGGUGGAAUGUCCCCUGUGCCUGCUGCCCCAGCCUCCCGAGGCCUUUCCCACACUGGCCUCCUGCGACCACCGUUCAUGCCGGGCUUGCCUGGAGCAGUACCUGCGCAUCGCUGUCAGCGAGAGCCGUGUGCAGGUGGCCUGCCCGCACUGCCCUGCCGUGCUGCAGCCCACCGAUGUCCACCACCUCCUGGCUGAGCCUGCCCUCCGUGACAAGUAUGAGGAGUUCCUCCUGCGACAGCUGCUGGUGGCUGACCCCAGCACCUGCUGGUGCCCUGCGCCUGACUGCAGCUAUGCUGUCAUUGCCUAUGGCUGUGCCAAGUGUCCCCGCCUCACCUGCGAGCAUGAGGGCUGUGGUACUGAGUUCUGCUACCACUGCCGGCAGCCCUGGCACCCUGAUGGCCCUUGUGCGCCAGUGCUGCCAGCCCCCCGCCUGACCAGCCCCUCAGCACAGCUAGUCCACCCAGAGGACUUGGCGCAUGAUGAGGCUGAGGAUGUCAAGGUCUGUCCACGCUGCAGUGCGUUCAUCAUGAAGAUCAAUGACGGGAGCUGCAACUGCAUGAACUGCACGGUCUGUGGCUGCCUCUUCUGCUGGCUCUGUCUGCAGGAGAUCUCUGGUGUGCACUUCCUGAGCCCCUCUGGCUGCACCUUCUGGGGGAAGAGGCCUUGGUCACUGACCCAGAAGAUCCUGUGGCAGCUGGGCAUGGUGCUGGGGGCGCCUAUGGUGAUCUCCCUCAUCGCAGGCAUCGCUGUCCCUGUCAUUACCAUUGGGAUCCCCAUCUACAUGGGUAGGAAGGUGCUGGGCCAGAGCCAGAGGAGCAGCUUGUCGGGGUGCCAGCAGUGCCUUUCUGUCACUAGCAGUGUCCUCCUCUCUCUCUUUGUGUCUCCCAUCAUAACAGCAGUCACUGUGGGUGUUGGUGUGCCCCUGGUGCUCACCUAUGUCUAUGGGGUGGUGGUGCUGUCACUGUUUCGGAGCCGCUGGGGGUGUGGGGGUGGCCGCAGCCCACCUGGGGAUCUCGGUGUGGUGGAGCUGGAGAACCUGACCAAGCUGAAUGAGCUGUGGUCGGUGCUGCCCAGCCCCAGGACAGGUGAGGACGGAGCCCCAGACACAACUGCCUCCUUUCCCAGCAGCAGCCAUAGCCCGCACCCCGGGGUGGCAUGGAAGGAGCGGGACAGCCAGUCAGCCAGCACAGUGGCCCUUGCAGGGAGCAUGCUGAGCGAGGGCCAGGAUAUGUCCUACAGGGAAGGUGUCAACAUCGAGGUGGAGGUGUCAACUGAAGCAGUGCCGCACCCUGCCCGGCAGCAGAGCCCGUGCAGCGUGCUGUCAGGGCAGAGUCUCUCUGGGGACUCCCUGGGAGGCACCAGUGACAAGUGCAGCACCAUGGGCAUCCCUGCAGAGUGAGGGGGACUGCAGCACUGAGCAGGGAGACCCUCAAUCCACAGAGCUCUCAUCUGCCACUGGCACAAAGAUCCGUGCCCUGGUCACUGUCUGUGGGGCACCACCAGCCCCAUGGACUGGGUCCUGGCCGUCCCCAGGCUGGGUGGGUACUGACUGUGCUCAAUGCUGCCAGCACCCUGUGCACCCCUUCCCUGAAGGCAGGCUCAAGCAUUGGCACCGCUGGGAAAUAAAACUACUGUCCAAGGGUCUGUCUGUCUCCUGCGGCACAGCCCCCCUCCCCGACAGCACAGCCCCCAUCACAGCAGGCUUUGGUCCAUGGUGUGUUCCUCUGCAGUAGGGUGGGCCCAG